AUGACGCUUCCCCCUGUCUCGGCCUCGUCGGGCCACCGCUCCCGCCCCUCGCUCGAGGUGCACUGGAAGAAGGCCGCCCUAGCCUGGGACAGGCGGGCCUCGUCCAUCGACACGGAGCUCGGCGAGUUCAUCGGGGACGACGUCAAGGAGGAAGGCUUGUUCAGGUACCGAGAUGAUUAUUACGAUGGCGUCAGCAGCGGCGGUGGCAAUGGUAGUGGCGAUGGUGUUGGCGGCAACGACAAAGACAACGACAAGCACGGCACGGAGGACGACCACGGGAGCAUCAAGAGUGAAGCUACCGGUGGUGGCAGCGGCGCUGGUGGUGUCGUCGGCGGUGAGGAGAUGACUCUUCCCAGAAAGAAGAAGCGGGCGCUCAAAAGGGGCUCCGUUAGUGUAGUGACUCCUUUCAAGGGAUCAAGGGUUUUGAUCUGA